CAUCAUGAGUGGGAACACUGAGGGGGUUUUCCUCUCCCCACUGACUGAGUGAGGAAGGAGUUCGGACAAGAAGAGAAGAGCAAACUUUCCCCUGAAGGAUCUUUCUUCCUCUUUUAGAGCCCGGACCAUGAGGCUGUGAAUUCCUUUCCUCCUCCUCCUCCUCUCACAGCUCCUCUUCAUCACCAUGUCUCUGAAAGCGGGUGGAAGUGUCCACCUCUGGAUGCUGCUGUGCUCCCUGCUGUGUGCUCCGGUCCUGGUCAGAGGCUCCACGCUGAGCCCCAAGGAGUUGCAGAGCAGCGCUGCCACGUCGCCGCCGGAGGACUGGACCGGCACGAUGAUCCAGCUGCAGCCAGACCUGCAGACCGAAGCCCAGACGCUGACAGAAGCACAGACAGAAGCGCAGACGGAAGCACAGACGGAGAUGGUGACUCAGAGCAUCACCAACAACUAUACAGGUCUGUCCUGCACUCCUGUCCUGCCGCCACGCCGGGGUUCCUUCUAUGUGGAGACCGGCACAGGGGUGUCGAUUGGCAGCGUGUUGGCCUUCUGGUGCAGGGAAGGAUACCAGCUGGUGGGCAGCGACAAAAUCUACUGCAAUGUCAGGAACGGCAAAGCACAGUGGAGCAACUACCUGCCCGUCUGUGAAGCGAUCCCCAGGCCAGAGGACCGUGGACUAAGAGUGGCUGUACUGGCUUCAGUUGUGAGUGGCAUCGUCAUCCUCGCCAUGUCCCUGUCCUUCCUCAUCUGCUGUCUGCAGGAGCGAUCCAGUCGGGACCGAGCCAAGAAAGAGGGACGAAGCAGGCGCAGAGAGAAGCGAUCGGCCCGUCGCAGCGAGUGCUGGCUGGAAAGAGAGGAGGGCGAGUGGGAAGCCUUCCCCCCACCCAAGAUCUUCCACCUGUCCCAGAGGAUGAACCCCCGCCUGGCUCCUGACAGCCCCCUCUACCUGACUGGAGGCCUCAGUGGAUAUGAGAACAGAGGAUAUCAGAGGAGUCAGGAGAGUUUGCUGAAGGCCUCCCUGCCCGGACUCUACCGCUCCGACUCCCAGCUCUACCCGCACGUCGUCCUCCAGAGGGUCCCCACCCCGACCGCACCCUCCGCCCCUUCAGCUCCAUCCGCCCCUCUCUACCUCCACCUUCCCCCGUCCUCCUCCUCGGCCGGCACCUCGCCCGCCCACACCACCGUCACCCACAGCCAGCCGCACAUGAUGGCGCAGUACCCCACACCGACGUACCCACCCAACCCCAACACAGCCGUGCCCGCCUACCCCCGCCCAACGCCAGCGCCUAUCUACCCCAACCCCAACCCCACACCACAGAGGCCAUGGCAGUAG